CCUCGUGACUCUUGCAGACUAUUGUACUUACCCCUUGGUCCAAUAUUUGCACCAGGAUGAUACGCGUAACCAGCAUGUUAUGACUCCCGUCUAACAUCAUACUGCCAAUGUCUCGACCUCGUCUUUCUCGGCUCGCUGACAGAAAUGUGGUUUCUCACCGAGGCUCUGCUCGUCUUAUCUGUCUUUGAAACCGCCAUAGCGACUACCUCGAGGACAGGAACGGCCACUUCCACUCCUGCAACUUGUCCUUCCCGCACCGUCAACUAUAUUACUCAUAGCCUACCUCAACAAUGUUUAACUUCGUCUCGAAAGGUCAACAUCACGUCCACCACGACUGAGGGUGUUGGCAGUUCAACAGUCGAAUUCACAUCUACCGUCCAGACCACGACCGAGAUUUCAAACGAUUCCUCCACUUCAUCCUCUUCGACCGCCGAAUCUACCGGCUCGGAUGCUGACAUCUCCGUGACUGAUCAGCCGUCGACUGCCUCAGAGCACACGCUUACAACUCCGUCCGCGGACGAGGCCAAUACCUCUCCGAGCGCGAUUCCUCAAUCAACGGAUGAGGACUCUCCUCUAGAAGAUGGCAAGUUCUUGUCGUUUGAGGAUUGGAAAAAAGAGAACCUCAAAAAAGCUGGCCAGUCUGAACACCUUGGAAGAGCACAUGGAGGUGAGCCGCGGGAGAUCAAAAAACGACCAUCAAUCGUUCAAGACACCCUUGACGCUCUUGGUGAUGACGCAGAAAUAGACCUCGACUUUUCUGGUUUCGUCUCUGAUAACAUUGAACCUCCUUCACAAGCACAACCUCGGGCUAGUCAAGAUAUUCGGGGUGGUCCAGUCGACCCUGGGCGCGGCCCAAGAGCGGGUGCUCGAAGCAGGGACGCUGGUACCACCUGUAAAGAAAGGUUCAACUAUGCUUCUUACGAUUGUGCAGCGAACAUUCUAAAGACGAACCCGGAAGCAAAAGGCGCAAAUGCAGUCUUGGGAAAGAACAAGGACUCUUACAUGCUCAACGAGUGCUCGGCCCAGAAUAAAUACAUCAUUCUGGAGCUCUGUGAUGACAUAUCAAUCGACACAAUCGUGCUGGCUAAUUUCGAGUUCUUCAGUUCAACUUUUCGCACAUUUCGAGUCAGCGUUUCAGACAAAUAUCCAGUCAAGGUCGACAAGUGGAAGACUUUGGGCACAUUCGAAGCUCGCAAUACCCGUGAUGUCCAGGCAUUCCUGGUCGAAAAUCCUGUCAUCUGGGCUCGGUAUUUGCGCAUCGAAUUCCUCUCACACUAUGGCAAUGAAUACUAUUGUCCCGUCAGCUUGGUCAGAGUACAUGGCACGACCAUGCUUGACGAGUAUAAGCAUGACCUUGAAUCUCUACAUGCGGACGAGGAUGAUAUCGAGACACAUGAUGAUGCCGAAGUGGGCGAAGUGGAUGCACUUGUACCAGAAGCCGUCGCUGAGCCAUUGUUGACAAAGUCCGACAAUCUCGAACCAGACGCCUCACCCAGUAUUGUAGAAAUACCAGGAAAACCCAUCACCACCUCAUCCCACAUCGCCAAUGAGUCUAUGGAUGGCUCGCACUCUGUCUCUAUCAAAGAAACCACAAGCAUGAUGCCAAUGUCACCAGCCAAUUUCUCUGCCAUCUUCAUGGAACCAGGUCUACCAAAUGUGAUGGUGGAAGUGUGUGACAGCACUGAAAAUCCCACUCAGGAGAAAGCAGGAAAUGAACAACCACAGUCAACAACACAAGCCUCGAGCAAGGACCCGACAGUUUCAGAAUCGAGCUCAUCGGCAUCGUCCGCUACCAGCACAGGUACGCCAUCGAUAUCCGGCCCACCAAUGAAGCAAUCCAGUGACGCUCCAACAACGUCACACAAUUCCGCUACCAAAUCCGAUGCGUCAAGCAAUUCCACCAUGACCACGACUCCGUCCACCUUAACAGUCGUCAAUGGCACGAGAAUGUCGGUCUCUUCCACACAGGCUCCUGCUGCAGCUCCCACCAUGCAAGAAUCCUUCUUCAAAUCUGUACAAAAGCGUCUGCAAAUGCUCGAGUCGAAUUCCUCUCUGUCUCUGCAAUACAUUGAGGAGCAGUCUCGCGCCCUUCGUGACGCGUUUCAAAAAGUCGAGCAAAGGCAGCUGGCCAAAACUACCUCUUUCCUGGAAUAUCUCAAUGUGACAGUAUUGAAUGAACUUCGGGAUUUUCGGCAGCAAUACGACCAGCUCUGGCAGUCAACUGUCAUCGAGCUUGAGAUGCAGCGAGAGCGAUACCAACAAGAGAACAUGGCCAUUAAUGCUAGGCUUGGUGUUCUUGCUGAUGAGGUUAUCUUUCAGAAACGGAUGUCAAUUCUGCAGAUGCUCCUGAUCCUGAUCUGCCUGGGCUUGGUGCUCUUCUCCAGUGGCUCUUUAAACAGCUACCUAGAAUUGCCGCUGGUACAGAGUGUUCUGGCGAGGUCGCCAAGCUCGAAAUGGCUGAGUUUGUCCGGCUUGGAUACGCCUUCACACAGUCAACCUGUGACACGAGCAAAUUCCACUGGAACGUCACCUAGGCGUCAAGGAAUACUCAAAGGGCAUCGGCAUCUGCCCUCGGAUGAAAUGGGUGACGAAACGCUUAGUCCUUCCGAUCCAUACGCUCCUCUCACACCCGUUAGUAUCGGGUCACCGUCCGAAGAAGAGGAAUACCAGGACGGCAGUAUACUUGGUGAUCCUCAAUUUGACCCGAGUUUAAUUGAACGUCCUAGCACGAGUCCACCGGUUUUGCCUGGAACCGAAACGCCUUCGAGUUCGGCAGACGCAGCUGACAUAGAAGACGGUUCGAUGGAGUCGAAGUUGAUGGGAUCACCAACUGUCAAGUUGGAAAAGCAGCCUCCUGUACUGGUCAUCGCGGACGCGACGCCGCCUUCAAAGCAACUCAAAUGGAACCUGCCCAACAGCUAGAAUCCAUAGAAGGCUAUUGCUUCAAGCACCGUCCUUACAUGACUGCCUCGACUCGGAGGGGUGCAAUCCUGGCGAAUGACCCGCCCACAUCAGGGAUCUAUUGACUGGCUUUAUGCUGAAACAUUUCGGUCACAAAAUCAAAUCGUCCAAGACGCCGUAUUGCAGCUACAUACCUAUUCAUUGAUCGAACCAUAUCGUCCCGACAUGCCCCAUCACCAACGCUGCAGUGCCCAGCAUAGGCCGCUCGCAGAUUGACAAAACCCAUACGACGUAUUCUCUCCCGGUAGUCUCGUUCAAAACCGAGCCACGAGACUUCUGAAACCCAUUAAUCCAAGGCUGUCGGUCUGUACUCAACCGGCUGCUUUUGUUCCUUGGACCAUUUUGUAUGGGCAUCCAUCAUCAGCAUAUCCGGUACCCUCGCACGAUGGUCAUCCACGAUCAGUUGGUGCUUGGGCUAAUUGGAUGAAGAAGAGGAGCCCUGCAAAGAUUCUGCAAACUCGGUCAGCUGGGGGGGACGAGCGACAACUGGUCAUGGGUACUUUACGCCAACACGUUCUGAAGAAACUUAUCUGGCCGCGCCAGCGACAGGAGCGCCACAAGAACCACGAAGCAAACGAACAGUCCCGUCACGUCCGCCAAUACUUUCUUGUCGGUGUCAUUUGGGCAUAAGACCCAAGGUGUCAAAGUGAGGAGCACGACGAAGGCGACAUGGAUGAUCCAUUCAAGCAAGACCCUGUGUCGUUUAGGGUCGGGACUGGGGUGGGCGUGCACAGGCUCGCCACCAAUCUAAACACGUUAAGGUACCAAACGCAGAGUCGGCGGAUAGGGUCAACUCACAGCUCGAGAAGGGAUCCCAUCGUGCAACGGUGGAAUACGCUGUCCAUUCAUGUGGAUUGUGUCAGGCAUCCUGGGCGGCGACAAGCAUCCUUCUUUGUCCAUUGCCGCUACGGUUGAUUCGAUGCUAGACUUGCGUCGUGUACUUAUCAUGUGGUAGAAGAGGAGCUGAGGGCAACUGCUGAUGCACCUUGGUUCUUUUAUCGCCAACGUAACUAUGCACCUACAAGAUCAUAGUAGCAAGCGGAAGUCAGGAAUUCACAUCGUUCUUUUAUAUCGGAUCUUGCUCAGGUGAGCAGGAGGGCCACUACUCUGUCAAGAGACGAGGCUAGUACCAGCCCAUCUCAGAAUCCUUGUCGCCAUCAUGUCCAAUCCUCGCAUCUCACACUACGUAUGCAGUCAGGCAAAGGUGAUGAGUGCAAUGGAUCGCUCAUCAGGGGGGUUGUCCAAAAAUUCCACCACAAAGCGUUCCACAAGGCUGUCUCCAUAUUGUCCCUGCCAUAGUGCCUUCUUAGGCGGUCCUCCUCAGCAUGACGAGUCCAGCUGCAGGGGAGCUGCAGGGGUCGGUGGUGGCUUAUCCAGGCUUAGACAACCCCCAUUGCUUAACCCACCUUGCAUAUUGCCCCGCGGGUCGGCUCGUCGACAUAUCACAGUGAGCCGACUCCAAUCAAGGGAGGGGAAGGAAGACGCUGAGAACUUAAAAACUUCAUUUCCUGUUCUCUGCUGUGUAACCACCAAGGGCAGGCAGCAAUGGCAUAGGCUAUAGGGAGGGGAGGGAAGGACUUCUAGUAUCCACUAUUAGACAGUUGACAUCCAUAUGCUGCCAGCGCGCGAGCGUGAGCAUGUCAAAUUCUAGGCAUUCCAC